AUGAUUCUUCAGCAGCUAACACUUCCCACUUCCUCAACAGUCUCUGAAAAGACCAGCAGAGCAAGAAUGGCGAUCACACUGGUCUUGCUGCUCGUGCUACUUUUGCUACUGCCAGUGACUCGGGCCUUAGCUCAGGAGCAGCAGCAGCAGCAGCAGCAGCCGACGCAACAUGUUGUGCAGCCGGGCUGCCGUGACAAGUGCGGCAACAUCACCAUCCCCUACCCCUUUGGCAUCGGCGCGGGUUGCUUCCGUGACGAUGGCCGAGGUGGCUUCCAGCUUUUGUGUGAGGACUCCCUACCAGUGCCACGGCUGACCGUGGCUGACUACGGCAUCCAGAUCACCGGCUUAUCCAUUAGCACCGGCGAGGCCCAGGCCUCCCUCAACGCAUCACGCCACUGCUACAACAGCAAGGGGGGCAUCAUCAGCCAAGGCGGCCCGGUAGCUGUACCAAUCGUCAAGACCAACCUCCUCUUCUCGGCCACCAAGAACAGCCUCGUCGUGCUCGGCUGCCCCAGCCUCGGCUACCUCAACGACGUUGCCGGCUACUACGUCAGUGGUUGCAUGGCCAUGUGCCAGCCACAGAAAUUCAACGCGUCAGGGUCCUGCACAGGUGUCGCCUGCUGCCAGAGCACGAUACCCUCCGGCGUCGACUACUACCAGCCGAGCCUGCUCGACAUGCCGAAGAACAAGGGAGACCCGAUCUUCUAUGGAAAGAGCACGACCUGCCGGUACGUGUUCUUGGUGGAGACAGAGUGGUUAAGUACCGGCUACACCGGCGAGAACUUCAACCGGACAGACGACUUCGCCGUGCCCGUCGUUCUCGACUGGGCAGUACGGAGCGUCAGGAACUGCAGAGCUGCUAGGCGCAACGAAACCAAGUACGCGUGCCAGAGCACGGUCAGCCAGUGCGUCAAUUCCAGAAACGGCGCUGGGUACCGGUGCGAGUGCUCCAAGGGGUAUGAGGGCAAUCCCUAUCUAGAGGAUGGAUGCAAAGGUAUUCACAGAUAUAGAUCUUGCUGCAACUGGAACAUUACUCAACUGUUGUCCCAUUUAGCUAAAUGUCCACUGUCCUUCUACCAUUUUUGCCUCAUGCUCUAA